GUCGACAUGCGAGAGCACGUCCACGUGGCCGCGGGAGGAUCGUCGAUUGUCAUUUGCGUCGCGACUCUUUGAAAAGGCACGUCGUCGUCGUCUUCUUUGGCAUCUCCGCUCGCAGUUCUCGCUUUCAUACUCGUCUCUCGCGCGCUCGCUCAUAUUACGCAAUCCUCGCGUAUCUGCCGCGAAUCAGUGUCACAGCUUAAUCGUACGUACACCUUCACGCAUGUAAGUACGCACAUACACACGCGCUGCGUCGUGUCGUGUCGUGUCGUGUCGUGUCGCGGAGUGUCGUAGAGUGUCGUGUCGUGUUCCUCUGGGUCGAUAUACAUCUCGAAUCGCGGCGCCGAGAUCAUCUUCAGCGUCGUGAGUAGGAAAGUGGCUACGUGAACGAUGGUGUGCUCGACAGUGACGGAUAGCGAGAAGGAGGCCCCGGCGAAAGAAUCAUGCUGCGCGGCGGCGACCGUGGGCAUUGCACCGGGCGAUUAUCGCCUGGUCGGCUGGGACAUGGACACCACCGGCAAGAAGGUCAUCGACGAGAUCUGUCAAAUAGCCACGUACACCUCGAGCUCGGCCUACUCGCAGUACGUGAUGCCCUACAAGGACCUCAAUCCGACCGCGAUCAAACGUCACAGCAUGAAGGUUGUGACCAACGGCAAAUUCCGCGUGCUGAGGCACAGUAAAACGAACGAGGUAAUCAAGUCCAAAAGCGAAGUGUCCGCGUUGACGGACUUCUUGAGCUGGCUAGAGAACGUGAAGGGAGAUACCGCGGACGGAGUGAUUCUGGUUUAUCAUGAGCCGCGUAAAGUCAUCCCCGCGAUGUUGCUCGAGUCGUUGAAGAAGUACGAUCUUGUCAGCAGAUUCAAGCAAACAGUCAAGGGAUUCGCGAACGGAUUCAACAUCGCCGAGCAGAAGUGCGCCAAUUCUGCGCACGUAUACUCCCUUCGUACUCUGUCGCGAACGUUGCUGAAGAAGGAAGGGAACCUGGGCAAUGCGCAAGACCGAGCAUCGUUGGCUUUGCAAGUAGUGCAAUACUUGUGUUCGUUGGAGAACACCAAGUCCGAGGAUACGACUGGCAGCGGGGAUACCGAUGAGACCCUCAAAAAAACAGUCGAGUUUGUGCGAGAAUUCGCGCAGCCUGUCGAUGUUGAGGAGCAAGAACACGACGAACUGAAGAUGAUAUUCGAGCGGCAGAACAACUUGCGGCCAAUAUUCAGCGCCCUGUUCCGUAUGAACCGCCGGGAACGCCAACACGCUAGUCCCCUGCGGCGAUUGCUUGCCGAAGCUGGGAUCGAGUACUCGGAGCUACAGGACGCGUGGACCAACGAGAAAAAGGACGGAUUGGAGCAUCUGCUGAAGGAGAAGCUGCCGAGGGUCGAGGAGAAGAAGAUAGACGAUCUGCUGUUUAUUCUCGAACGCCACUUCGAUCCGGAGAAGAAGUCGAGGGCCAAGGAGAUUCCGGAGAAGAAGAAGGACGUCAAAUCGAGGAGCCAAAAAGUGAACGACGACAAAGAGAAUAACAACAAGUGUGACUCGGGCACCGAGAGCCCGGACACCACGACGUCCGCUUCCCCCGUGAAACUGAUCAGCGAGGACGAGACCAAGACGCUUUAAAAAAGGGGGAGAGGGAAGGAGAAGAAAGGAACGAAAGUAAUAUUGAAGUAAAGCGAGUGAAGCUUUCCUUAACGCGGCGCUAAGCGGGUGUGCUUCGCAGCCAUUACGUCCUUUUCUUUUUGUUCGUUGAGCUUUUUUUCUUUUUUUAAUUGAAUGAGCGAAGGUACAUUUUUCGUUGCCAUAAUAAUCGUUGAUGAAUAAUGAUGAUGAUGAUGAUGAUGAUGAUAAUGAUGAGUGAUGUUGAUAAUUAACGCAAAUGAACGUGGAUUUAGCGCGGUGUCGAGGAAGAUGGAUUUCUCUCCUCCACUGUACGGGAGGGGGAAAAGGAACGCGAGCGCGUGGAAAUUCUGUUUAUACGCGCGAUCCUCGCUAAGUCUACGUUGGUUGCAGGUUAGGUUGAGACAGUCGCGGAGAGACUCCCGUUUCGCGGUAGUUCUUUAAGGUAUAAAACGCUUAAAGAUACGAGCGCGAUCGUUCCGUCGCGGGGACGAUACUUGUGCGUGAUUACAGGCAAAGUGUUAUUUGUUGCAGUAUUGCGCCUUUUUUCCUUUCUCUUUUAUUUUUUCUUUUUUUUUUAAUUUUGCCUUAUUUCUAUUUACCCGCUCGCGACCGGCGUCGCCGAGAAAUGGGGGAGGAGGAAGCCAAUUUUCACGCGGUUGCUGCCGUCGUCGAGCCUUGGCUCAAAUGUACAAAUAACACGUUAAGCGACACGUUUAGUUUAUUACGCGCAGAGUAUUUAAGAGUCCAUUUACGUUUCAUAAUUUUUAUACUCUUCUCUCGUACACACACACACACACACACACACACACACACACACACAUACCAACACACCAAUACACCUUUCUCUCCUCUCUUGCGUUUUGCUUUUAUUUAUCCGGGAUCGCGGCACGCCUGUGGCCGAGCGAUGGGCCGCCGUUCAUAGACUGCUAAGCGUGAAAAGAACGGAAAAUAUCGCGGUGCCCACGUGUGCGGGCCAACGCGCACGAUAUUUUCUACUUUUUAUCGUUGAAGCCGCGCGCGCGAGCCGCGCGUCGCGGGAGUAUUAGGGAGAGACAUAUUUUUGUAUCGCCGCGCGAUUACGCGCUCUAACGUUUCUGCUAUAAGAGAUCUCGUUGUACCAAUAUUCGAGAUAAUAAAGAUACUUGGUUGAA